UCCUUUUUGGGCCUUUAUUCUUGUCUCUGUUCUGUUUCUUUCUCUGGUUUUCAAUUUUUGAACUUUGAAGAGGAACAGAACAGAGGAUUCAAAAGCAAAGAGGCUGCGGAAAACUACGAAGGAGAAGAAGAAGAAGACGAGACAAAGACGUAAUCUAUAUUGGGAGUAAAAGGAGGGAAGUUUCCUGGUCGUUGCUUUGCUUGAAUUUGAGCUGUUGUCCUGUCCCGGCUUUCUUUAUCAGAUAUUCUUUCCCUGGGGGUCAAGUUCUCAGGCUCAUGAUGGAGCUCUGAUUAGAGAAGGUCGGUCGUUUCUUGAGCUGCCCCGAAAGUACCGUUCUUCAGAUCUGCGGUGCGAGAGAUUCAACAAAACCAAUCUGCUAUGUUGCAUUAGAAGUUCGAGUCCCAGUUUUCUCAGUUGAGGUACCCCAGAUACGGCUGAAGGCAACAAAUGACGAAUGAAAUGACUCCAAAAGUUCGACUCGUCAAGUGCCCGAAGUGCCGGAAGCUUCUCCCGGAGCCAGCAGGUGCUCCUAUAUACAGUUGCGGUGGAUGUGGAGCAAUUCUUCGAGCAAAACCUAAAACUGGCGAUGCUCAGAUGAAAAGGCCGCACUAUUAUUCUUCUCCUGAGAAUAAAGAUUCAAGGGACUUAAAUCGUGAAGUAGCUGCUCCUUCCCCAUCUCCGGAUCUUCAGAGUGAAGAAGACAAAGACUUGUCUAGCAGCAUUCAGACAGUGUCUGUUGACUCUAAUACAGAAGGACAUGAAGAGUCCGACAGAAUUUGUUCUUCGACUGAGCUUUCUACUCCCUUACAGGAACCAAAGUCCGAUGAAUCUGCUAAGGUUUGUUCUUCAACUGAUCUUGCUCCUCAUGAUAACCAGGAACUGUUACCAAACCUGACACCAAGUAACAAUGCAAAUGUCGGUCAUGAGAACUCAGAAUGUGUAGUAGUUCAAUCAGAAGGAGAAAUGAAAAGUGAUGGAUCCGGCAAGGGCUUCGAAACUGUCAGUACAAGUAUUCCAGUGGAUAGCGAAUCGGCUAUCAAAGCUCAUUCUAGUAUCAAUGGUGAUCUAAAGAUUUUGGAGAAACCCGCAAGUGGUGAAUAUCUCGACUCUCUCCCUACACGAAGCAAAACCAUUGCAGGGGUUGUUCCAGAUGAUGAGAUGGGGUACCAGGCUUACAGCAUGCAUGUUGUUGAUUCGAAACAUGUUUAUGAUGAAGCAAGUACUGCAGUUUCAAAAGACAGCCUUAGCAAGGAGUGGUCCAUUCAGCAGAAACCACCCAUAAGUCGUGAUCCCAUGAAAAUUUGUAGGACGACAAGUUCCAAGUCAAUUCCAUUGGCUUCAUGUAUGGAUAAGUUAACUAGUGAAGGGCUUGGCACAGUGAGAAGAGGCCAUCCUACUAGAUAUAGGACCCAAUCGGAUGGUGUUGAGCUACCACUUCACGAGUGGGGCCACCAAGUCAGCUCUGCCGGUGGUGAAGGACCCGCGAGUCAAUUGAUCAGAAACCCCCUGUACAGCUCGACCUCUUACCCAGGAGAGAGGUCCGAAAAUUUCCUUCCACAGGACAAGGAGGAGCUCCUGAGGAUAGUGACUGAACUCGAGAACCAACUGAAGGGAAUGCACAACGCAGAAGAGGAGAAGUCCAUCGGCUCCAACUUCUAUAACUACCAGAGAUUCAGCCACCAGUUUGAUCAUCCCUAUCUCCAUCACAAUUUUCACGAUCCAUACGAGCCCACCAGCUCUUAUUUGUCAAGCCCACAGCCACAUGUUUACACUACAACCCACUCGUGGGAUUGUGAGACCAAGUCCGACGAUCAAAUGUAUGGGUUCCUUGGAUUGAAGAACUUGAGAGAGAAGACUCAUCUUCCAAGGAGGCACUUUCGGCCGAUUGCUGGUGCGUCCCCACUGAUAACCUGUUACAGCUGCUUCGAACUUCUUCAACUUCCUGAAGAUUUUCUCGUUUCCAGAAGAAAACGGUGCCACUGGCUGAGAUGCGGUGCUUGUUCUGUAGUUCUGAAGUUUUCUCUCCAGAAUGGGAUCCAUAUAGCUCCAUACCCACCAGAACUAGACAAUCAUGACGACUCCAACAGAAAGAACCAAGAAGAAAUGCGUCCUUCUGAUGGUUGUGGAGUUACAAUCAGUAAAAGCUGCUCUUCAGAAGGUGAGCCUACUUUAUUAGCACCGACUCUUCCCUUGCAAGACAAGGCAGAUGAUGACCCGAGGGAUUAUGUUUCCUCUGAGGACUUAAAGGCGGGAAGCAAGGAGGCUUCCCGUAAAAAUCGCUCAUCCGCACUUCAUCAGCUCAUGGGCUACUCUUCAGUUACCCAAAUGCUAAGUUGAAGGUAUACAUCUAUGUUUAUCCCAUGAUAUUAGGAUUUUUGAGAUUUUCCCAGCUCUUAUUCUUUUGUAUUUCUCAAAAGCAUGGAUGUAAGCUUUACAUUUUUUCGAGUCUUAGACUAAUUGAGCUUUUCACGAGUGUCUGCAUAUAUUAUGUAAUUGAGAGCAUUGUUCGUAUUACUUUACGAUCUCCUAUUUCUUUUGUCCCAAGCAAAAAAAAUUUCCUUUUCUCUA